UUCCCCUCUCCUCCUGCCUUGUGUCUGUGAGCUCCCAUUUUGGCCUGCCCAGCCUGUGCCUCUCUCUCUCUUACUCACAGUCUCUCUCACUGAGUUUCUACAGCAACAAUGAAAGCUGCAUACUCUAUGCGCUCCUCGACCAGUAGCAGGUCUCCUGCUAUGUCAGUAACCCGUACUUCUACGGGGCCUGUCUAUGGGGCCCCUACCAUCCACGGUGGGGCCGGUGGGGCCAGAAUCAGCAUCUCCUCCAGCGUCCGCAGUGGGCUGGGAUCCGGGAUGGGAAUGAGCUCUGGAGCAGGGGGCUUCUCCAGCAGUGUCCAGAUGAGUGCCAGUGGGAACAGCGCUGACAUCAUGGGCAAUGAGAAGUUUGCCAUGCAGAACCUGAACGACCGGCUGGCCAACUACCUGGAGACGGUGAGGAACCUGGAGCAGGCCAACCACAAGCUGGAGAUUAAGAUCAAGGAGGCCCUGGAGAAGAGUGGGCCUGACUUCAGAGACUACAGCAAGUACCAGGCCAUCCUGGACGACCUGAGGAAGAAGGUGUUUGAUGCCACGACUGAUAAUGCCCGCCUGGUUCUCAACAUCGACAACGCUCGCCUGGCAGCCGAUGACUUCAGAGUGAAAUAUGAGUCUGAGCUGGCCAUCCGCCAGUCUGUGGAGGCCGACAUUGUCGGUUUGAGGAAGGUCAUCGACGACACCAACAUGACCCGCAUGAACCUGGAAAGCGAAAUCGAAUCGCUGAAAGAGGAACUCAUCCAUCUUAAGAAGAACCAUGAAAAUGAAGUUAUGGAGCUUCGUAACCAGAUUUCCAAGUCAGGAGUCCAUGUAGAUGUUGACGCUCCUAAAGGCCAGGACCUGGCUCAGAUCAUGGCAGAAAUAAGGGCCAAGUAUGAGAAGAUGGCACAGAAGAACCAAGAAGAACUCAAGGCAUGGCAUGAAACGCAGAUAACAGAAGUGCAGACACAGGUCACCCAGAACACAGAGGCCCUGAAGGGUGCCCAGACAGAGGUGAACGACCUACGCAGACAGAUACAAACCCUGGAGAUCGAACUAGAGUCACAGAAGAGCCUGAAAGCCUCUCUUGAGGGUACGCUGAGGGACACAGAGAUGCGUUACAACAUGGAGAUUGAGUCACUCAACAACAUCCUCCUGGGCCUGGAAGCAGAGCUCACACAGCUGCGUAACAAUAUCCAGAAGCAGAUGCAGGAGUACGAGGUGCUGCUCAACACAAAAAUGAAGCUGGAGGCCGAGAUCGCUACAUACAGACGGCUGCUGGACGGUGAAGACUUCAACCUCCAGGAUGCUCUGCAAAGCCAGAAAACAGUGAAGACCAAGGUGAUGACUGUCACACAGACCCUGGUGGAUGGCAAGGUGGUUGCCUCCAGCACAGAAACCAAGAACGUUUGAACACCAAAAGCAACCACCUGAUGCUGUCACUACAUCAUAACACUAACAUACGUUUGGACAAAUUUGAUUAUGUUUCCUGUGGGUUCUUCUAAUCUAUUUUUUUUUAUAGUACAGCAAUAACCAACCCUGCAAUUAGUUUGACUCCCUGGAUAUAAAGCUCUGCCACAGGCUGAAGAUUAAAAAAAAAAACUGGAUCAGUGGAAAACUAAACCAUCUUUUAUUUAUUUCAUCAUGAUUUAUUUAUGUCUUUGUGUGCUGACCUGCAGAUGUUUACAAAAGUUCAGAAAUUGGGGAACUGUGAGUUUUCUCAGAGACAAACCUAUAGAAGAUAUUGGAUAUUUCAAAGUAUUAAAGGAGUGCAAAAAUUACAUGCAAAAUAUUUUUUUAUAUUUCAUCAUCUUUCAUUUUCUUUCUGUCCAGUUAAGUUUGCCUGUCGUGCUGUCAUGUUCAGACAAGAAAAUAAAGUCCAUUCGUGAAUUUUA